CUUUCUCUACCACCAGGCAUGAUGUUAUAAACCUCAAAGCAUGCUACAAAAACAAUUAAUACUGUUCUACCUCCCAUGCAAACUUUUGAUUUUUUAUAAACCCUAAUUACAUGGAAGAGUUUUUGUUUAUCAGUGUUGACAGUUUAACUGCAAUCAUAUUUGUCAUUUCUCAUCCCAGUCUUUUGUUUUUUAUUCAGAUAUGUUUAUACUGUUAUACUUCACUGCCAACACUCGUGACCUGACUGUUGGUUUGUUUAUACCUACCAGCAUGUUUCUUGUGGUAGUCAGUUGAACUGAAUGGAAGUAAACUGGACUGAAUGGCUACGUCUACACGAUGUGCUUAUUUUGAAAUAAACUAUUUUGGAAUAGCACAUCCACACUACAAAUCGCCAUUGAAAUAGUGCAGAAUUAUAUCAAAAUAGCGUGUUCACACUGGAGUCUAAAUGGCAUUUAAGGCCACAUGAAGCACUUCAGGCAGGGCAUCAGGACAGCAAUCACUUCCUGUAGCUGCUUCCUGAGGCUAGCUGAGGCUAGUGCUUAAAGGGGGUCCCCUCUACAGUUGUGUCUCAGACUCUUCUCCAUUGCCUACCUCCUUGAGGGACAGCAAACUCUUCCCUCUAUGUGUUCCGGAUGACCUUGCAGAUGCCACAGCACUUCCAGCAUGGAACAGACCCUGCUGCAAAGCAGUACCAGGCUCUUAGACCUCCUACUGCAACUCCGGGCACAGUUCCUGCAGGCUGCCCAUGUGGUGCUGCAGGAGGUCGACGAUCAGCCUGGAAUGGGGGAAUCUCCUCACCCAGGUCCAGGCACUCCUCAUGCACCACAUUCCCUCCCACCAGCACAUUGUGCGCCGCUGCUUCUGGCGCCGUGAGACCAGUACCAAUUGGUGGGAUCGCAUCGUCAUGGAGCGGUGGGAUGACCAGCAGUGGCUCCAGAACUUCGGCAUGCAGAAGGACACCUUUCUGGAGCUCUGCGAAUGGCUCAUCUCUGCUCUCCGGUGACAGGACACCCGGAGGAGACCCGCCAACCCCCUCCAGAAGCAGGCACCAUCAUACUUUGGAAGCUCGCCACACCGGAGAAGCUACCGCUCUGUGGGAAACCAGUUCAGAGUGCGGAGAACAACCGUCGGGGCCAUGCUCAUGCAGGAAGGGGUGCUUUUCCAUGGUUCUGCAGGCCCUCGUGGACCACUGGAGCCGGUUCAUGGACAUGUACAUCAGGUGGUCAGGGAAAGCGCACGACACGUGUUCAGGAACUCCAGCCUCUUCCAGAGGAUUCACGCCAGAGGUGGACAUGCCUAUGUGCAUCAGGGGUGACGCAGUCUACCCCUUGCUCAUGAAGCCCUACACGGGACACUGGACCCCACGAAGGAGACCUCCAACACCAGGCUCAGCAGGUGCAGCAUCGUUGUGGAGGGUGCCUUCGGCCACUUGAAGGGAAGGUUCCAGAGCCUCCUCACCUACCUGGUCUUUGGUGACCAAAAUAACCCCCAGGUGAUGGCAGCUUGCUGUGUGCUCCACAACCUUUGUGAGAACAAGGGGGGGAAUUUCCCGUCAGGGUGGGGGGCAGAGGCUGAGCAGUUGGCUAGGGCUUUUGAGCAGCUACACACCACUGCCAUCCGGCAAGCCCAUCAGGGGGCUGUGCUCAUCUGGAAGGCCUUGAGGGAGCGUUUCAGAACAAAGCCAACCAUGCGACUCUCCCCUAGGCCACCCCACUAGGAGCCUCUGCAUUGCCCCUCUGUGCCUUUCCUUCUCCAUCUCUCCCUCCCCCUGCUCUUCCU